AUGAUACUAUCCAGUGAUACCACAGCCUCCAUCGACACAACAGCUUCGACUGCCAUGGACCCGCCGACUCUGCUCGACCUGCCGGCCGAGCUCAUAUUGCACAUCCUGACCUUCCUCGGUGCAUCAGAUGUCACAAACGCCGCCAAAACAUGUCGUCACCUCUACAGACAGUGUUACGACGAUCAAGUCUGGCAGCCGAUCGUCAACGCAGAGCUUCCCGGCCAAGCGACAUCGACUCAUGGGCCUGUCUCGUCGUUCAGAGACCUGUACAUCGCCCAUCAUCCUCAUUGGUUUCUAACAAGAAAUCGAAUAUGGUUCGCGGAUUCGGAGCCGCAUGGCAAACUCUUGGUCACACGUUACAACGACGAACGCGGAGCCAUCGAAGCGUUCGCUGCUACCGCUAGCCGAGGCUAUUCAGAGUUAUCAUUUUGGGAGAAAGACCGAGAAGUCAUCAUUCACAGCUUUGAACCGAAGAUAUCGCUAGACCUGCAUCAACCUGUGGUGAAGCUCAGCGUUGACAGUCCGAGAGCAAAUCCUCCCAAUGACUACCCCAGCGAUCGAGGAUAUGCUCCCGAGUCAAUUUACAGUAAAGAAAUUCUCAUGGAGACAUUUUCAGAAGCAGGGUUGUUUGGCUCCUUCAUGCUGUGUCGAAGUCUCCCAGAUCGUGCCAUCACCGAGCAGACGAAGGUAUGGCCACCGCUGAGGUUUCCUGCAACCGAUCGAGCACGCAACGAUAGCCAAAACAAUUACAAUUCUGCUGGACAUCGACCCACAAGAUCCAGCGAAGUGAGCCAAAACAAUUUCCGCCUUCGCAAAUGGGUCGAAUACUCCGGACGUCGGUCCAGCCCAAACAUGAUCUCAUUUACACCUGGCAUCUCCGACGCACUUGGGGUCGGCAUGCCAUACUUUGCCUCAAGUCUGGGCUCCGCAGGCGGCGGCAUGAGUAUACGGAUGCCCGAAGACAUCACUACCUAUGCCAGCCUUCCAGACUCUUGCUACACUCCCACCGCGCAGAAGCCAUGGCAAGGCAUCUGGUGUGGCGACUACAGUGGACAUGGCUGCGAGUUCAUCGCCAUCAUUCAGCCAGACGCAGGAGACCAGAAACCUCUUCCUCGAGGCAUACAAUGGCUGCAAGAAUGGUUCACAGGUGGCCGCAGAGGGAGUUCGAGCAGUGACGCUAGCUUUGUCAGUGCCCGCGAGGAACUUGAUAACACGAACGCUAUCGAGGACGAUGAUUCGAGCGAGGCAGGUCCGAGUCGAUCUAUUCUCGACGUCGAGACGCUGCCUCAUAUGGUCAAGGAGAAGCCGGAGGCUAGCAGCAGUGACAUACCACUCGAUGAUGUGCCAUCAGGUCGCAUAGAAGCUAUCAAACUCACUGGAGAUCCCAACAUACCUCGUGGGCACUACACGUUCAUCGCUCCAGAUAUCGGUCAUGGUGGCUUUGUCCGCAUUGCAGACGAGCCCACCUUCAGAGGGGCGAGAGUUGUUCGAAGCGCUGGCCAUAUUGCUGGCAGAGGGUUCAGAUCAGACCAGUACACGCCGUCCCAGCUCAUCUUGAUAUCCCAUAAUACUCUGGCGCAGUUCUGGGAAGGCUUCGGUCACAUCUCUUACUACCAAAGAGUAGACCUGGAAGCUCUGAUGCACUACAACGACCGCCCGGAAUCAUUCGAAUCGCCCGAGCAACGACACUUCAGUGCCGUGCUCGGUCACUUCUAG